AUUGAAUCGCUUCAAAAGUUCUUAUGAAGGUACUAGUAGCACCAUAUAAAUCAUCCUGUUUGUCAAUGAUAAAUCGUAAAUGAUUACUACGACCUAUGUAUCUAGAUCUACCAACCUAUCUAUCUCUCAAGGGACCAUGCAUCUGCGAGCUUACAACUAGCCGAUGAUCUAGAUGGUUAGAACAAGAAAUCAAGUCAACAACCUACAACAACUUGUUCCUUAAUACGACUAGCAUACGCACAAGGACAAAAAAUUAUUAUUAUUAUGAAGGGGUUCGCCAGACAGUCCUGUUUAGCCUAAACCAUACGCACAACCAUACGCGGCACAAGGACAAAAAAUGAGUCGCAGUUCUCGCUUUUGUCGACUUGAUGUCUACUGUUUCGUGUAUGGGAGUUUUGUCUUCCGUUUUGGCACAAGCGUGUUUACGCGUGCUUGCCAAUUCGAACUCCUGUCGCGGAAUCACGUGGCUCUUUUCGCAAAUUCACAGACUUGGAGCAGCUUGUUUCGGAUUUUCAUACUGCAACUGUCCGGAUAUUUCAUUGACAUCGUACUGUUAUGGCCGCUCACCCUGAUGGUGUUGUUUACUCAGUACAAACAUGGAAAAGAGUAUAUGGAGAUCCGGCGCUUGCAGCGCAGGGCUGAAGCAGGAGCCCAUCUAAUCUAAUCUAAUCCAUACUGCCAGUUGAUAUAAUCAUCUCCGGUGAACAACAUCAACAUCCUAAGUAAAUGUAUAUCCUGAAGAAUUUCUUGGUUAGGACUAACAUUAGACGUUGGGGUCGGGAAAAUCGCGUCGACGAGGAGAAGCGCCAACUCAUCGAGGAGCAAGACGAGCCCAAACGAAAAGUUAGAAGGAAAAGGAGUUCCCGGUGGAGUUCCAAAUGAUAUAUUGAUGAAUACAACGAAGCCGACAGACCACCAGCACAGUCGCAGAUUCCGAGGGCUCGCGCUUUUUCUCAGCCUCGACAUCGUUUUAGUGGCCUUGUUUCUUCUGGUCGCGUCGAAUCCAAUCGACCUAACUUAUGUGGAGCCCAUACUCAGCAGCUACAUUAACAAAGUUAAGGUGCUGUCAUGCUCAUUUUAUCUUGCUAAUUAACUUCUUCUAUACCCCAUGAUUGGGUACGCUACUACUACUUAUCGCGUGGACAGGGUAAGAGAGGUGGCGCCACCUCCAAUGUCUUCGUUUUCUCAGAGCUUGAAGACGGUGCUGCGUUGAGAUAUAGUGGUGGACAGUGAACCAGAAGGUGGCAGAUGAAAGGUAGUUGCUUUAGAUUUUAUAAGCAUUCAUUAGAAGUCUUCUAGUAUACCUCCUAGAAACGCUAAGAAGCACUACGAGGAUACGGGAGCAGGAGAUGCAUGGUCCCUUACCCCGUUCCUUACCCGGUUACUUGCUGCAAGCAGUUCCCCAGCUGCAGGAGUGGUCAUUUUGCACCUAGUUGGUACGAGUCUAGGCGCCUGUGGUAACCUAGUGCUCUCUGCUGUCCCGGGGGAGCUCGGCCUGUCUGAAUCCGAUAUGCUGCUUUUACAAGCCUGCGAUACGUCGGUGGUGAAAAUCACUCGAAGCAUUUCAAGCACAGCGCUGGCAAUGUUGGCGCCGUGGUUGCCCUUUCAGGGCGUGUCCUUCUGGCUGGCCUUGGCGCUCUUCCACGCAACCGGAGUUGUGGGCAAGCUGCCCAUGAUGAUAUGGUUCACGCGCUCAGCAACUUCCGGUAGUAGAAGUGCGAGAGAGUUGGAUGAAGCUCCUUCAUCCGGAAAAGAAUCCUCCAGUGAGGAGGACAAGAGUAGAACACAUCCUCCUCAUAGUCAGGCACACGGUGCAGAGGAAAGCCAUGCUGGGGAAACGUCGAGUACGCAAAGUAGUUGUACCAGUGAGGAGGACAAGAGCAGAAGCACUGAGAGGACCACCACGAACAGGGACACUUACGGCAAGUAGAAGGGCGUCCUCAGGAUGAUUCAUGUCCGCAGGUGGAAUUGUUCUGCUUUUUCCGCCUGAGUAGAUUAAGCAGGAUUCUUCUUUGGGAGAUUCUCGGGAAGACAUGAAAUAUCGAUUUAAGGCCUGAGUCUAAGAUGUAGGAGAAGAGGUCUUAAAUUCGCUCUCCCUCUCUUCGCGCGUCGCAAACUACUUGUCGGAAAAAACCAAAUUCCUGCGACCUGGUGGUCUUUCUACAGAGGAGCAGCGCAUACGACGGAUUCUGAUGCUGAAUACGAUGGUGACCAACUUUUUUCUCUAUCCCGUUCAGUCGGUGUUGCUGCCAGUAUUAUUCUUAAGGGCUAUCAAAUUGACCCCUUCACCACCAUUCUUGACCUUCUUUCCAGUGGGAAAGGAGUCAAGAAUGAUCUGAAGAAAACAACGCCGCAACCUCUAAUAUUGAAGAGAGUCAGUGCGAGCAUGUGGCUCCAAAUCAACUCCCUCGUGCAGCUAGGAGGCACUCUGGGGCCGGUCUUGUCGAAUGUAGUAGUUGUAUACUUCUCAGCUCAAGUAGAGGAGGACACUAACUCUAGCAGCAAGGCAACAUUAUCUUCAACAAGCACUGUUGAAACUGAGGACACGAAAGGUACUCCUACGUCAACAUCUAUUUCUUCAUCGAGAACCGACGUGACAUCAAACACGAUAAGCAGUGGUGGCGAUGACAGUGCUGGUUCGCGAAGGAGAGCGGCUUCUUCAAGAGAUGACAAAAAGAGCAGUUGCUCCACAUCAAAUGAGGAUGGCAGAGGUGACGGCACGCUAGCAGGAAGUGGUCGGACUUCGGCAGGGUCUUCGAAAUUGGUAAAGAACGUAGAGCGGUCAAUGAUCGCGCAAACAGUUCUCUCCUUCGGCUUCGGUCUCGUUUUGUUAUUGUAUGAUAAUUUGCCGCGUUUGGGAAGCCUUGGGGUUUUGCCACUACAGAAAGAGGACCCGGGUACUCCUGGACUACGGGAGGCGGUGUUCCUGGACUAUGUGCCAGUGCUGCUGAUGACCUUAUAUGGCCGCAUAAUAUUUAUAGUUUCUUCUAGAACAACGAAGUAAAUGAAAUUUUGAGAAAAGUACUUAUAUGAAGAAUUUUGAGAAUAUUAGCAUGGGGGGAGUAGUCAAACAACUCAGAAAUUGGCAGCGCCUGCUAUUCAUCUACUUGCGAAGAAAAUAUGUCUCGUUGUUUUCACUGCCAAGAUACUGAAUGUUUUUGAUUUCAUAGACCUGCUUCUACAUGAAAGAAGACUUUUCUCCCUCAUCUUGAUUUUCAUACAUUGCAUUGUGUUCUGACUGCGGUUUGGGGCUGCGUCGUGGCGUGCAAUAACGCAUUCACGGUAUACUUCGGUGCUUUUCUUACGACUUCGAGCAGCGAACCGAAGGGCAAGGUUUUGGCGAAUAUGAUGACGUUGUGGAGCAUCGGCAAUGCGGCCGGAAACUAUCUACAGGGCGUCUUUGUUUCGCACCAACUAGACGAUCUCAGGAGCAAAGGGAGAUCGCAUCUUCACGAGAAGGACACGAAGCAGUCUUUGAACCAGAUUCAGAUCUCUCAGGACAUAGGAUUGAACGUCAGAGGAGAAGCGAGCGCGCAUGGAGGUCUUCACGAGGAAUCCUUGCAUCAAAAUACAAAUGCUAGUCAACAUAGUUUGGGCUUUUUUCUGCCUAUUUUCUUCGGCUGCGUCGUCGCUGGUGCGGUAAGAAUAAGUCUGGUCCAGGCCCUCCGGAGGGAAACAAGCGGCACUUCUCUCGGUCGUCAAAAAAUAGACUGAAAGUUUGGGAGUUUUUUACAGCUACCUUUAUUCCUUUGUAGUCUAUGCACAAAAACAUUAUGGAUACUUAAAUAGAUAUUUCGCAUUCAACACGAGCACAGGUACACAUAAUGAGUACAAGAAUUACAAUGAAUAGGUAUUUGUUUCGCACGCACAUUGAUGACCGUUCGCGUAGACGAGCUUUCUUACGGGAUG